AUGUCCCUCCCUUUUCUCACCCGCCUCUUGGUCCCAGCCCGGCCCAUCAUCUUCGCCCUUCCCCUUGGCCUCGCCCUCUCUUCCGCCCUCUUCCAACGACAGCCUAUACAUUGCGACGCUCCUGCUCCCUUCUCCGCUGCCGGCCAUUCACAAUCAAGUAGCAGCAGCAGCACAUGGUUUCAAACGGCGAAUCCAGUCCGCAGCCGUGGCGGCAUUAGCGAGAAGACAGCAGGGCAGAUUAGCCUUGGAAGUGUGCUGGGUUUAUUGGCCGGGAUUGGAUUGAGGAUAUUUUCGAGGGCGUUGGUGUUUGCGUUGGGAAUCACGAUUUUGGGGAUUCAGUGGGCCGCUUCUAAGGGUUACAAUAUCGUCCCGACCGACUGGCUAAAAAAACAUGUCAAAUCCGUUAAUGUCCAACGGCUGUUGACUGAGAAAGCCCCUUUCAAAGUUAGUUUCGGGGUUAUGAUGUUGCUAUCUGCGUUUGCACAAUUCUAG